AUAAGUAAGCUUUCCUCUUCUCUUCCUCAUCAACAUUCCCCCACAAAUUAAACCAUCUUUCUCUCUCUCUCUCACCCAAAAAAAACAGAGAGUAAAAUGGCGAAGUUUAAUGUUGGAAUUGCAUGCUUGAUUUUUGGUAUGAUGUUGUCUGCUGUACCAUGUUUGAGCACGGUGUACACUGUCGGAGACUCUUCCGGGUGGGCUCUCAGCGUUGAUUAUGCUACCUGGUCUACCACCAAAACUUUCAAAGUUGGUGAUUCUCUUGUUUUCAACUAUCCAAGUGGUCACACAGUGGAUGAAGUGAGUCCAAGUGACUACCAGUCAUGCACGGUGGGGAAUUCCAUAAGCACUGACAGCAGCGGCGCCACCACUAUUCCACUGAAGACGGCGGGUAAGCACUACUUCAUUUGUAGUGUGAUGGGCCACUGCGGCGGCGGCAUGAAGCUGGAGGUCACCGUGGACGGCGGAGCUGAUGCCACUACACCUAUCAGCCCAGGAACCACUACUAGUCCGCCGACCGUCACCAGCGGCGGCGCAGCCGGGAUUCCCACCACCACCACCGCCGCCCCGGGAAUCCCCACUGCUACGGAUAAUACACUACCUAGAGGCGCGGUUCCGAUCCCGGAUUCGGCCGGAACCCUAUCUCCGUUGCUAGCUAUGUUGAUGGGUUGGGUUGUUGUGAUGAUUCAUGUGGCUCUUUCAUGAGUCAGGACAGAGGCAGUGCUGUACUAUGUCCAAACUACCCUUCUCUGCCAACUCUCCCACCUGGUGGGGGUGGGGGUGGGAUAGGCCUUCUUUUCCUUAUCCUACAGAUUUCAUUUUCUGUUUGUAAUGAUUGUUAUGUAUGAUUGCAUGGAUUUAUUUUUAUAUAUUGCGACAAUUUGAGAAUUUUUCUUUAUAUAUUAA